UACAAAUAUCGUGUCCCCGAGCGCGCUGACCUCCACGCUUUCUUUGACACAAAAGUUUGUCUUUCUCGAGUGAAAAAAACAUAAAGAAAAACCCUAAAAAAUUGGCUUUUUCGAGUGAAAAAAUGAAUAAAAAUGUUUUUAAAUGCUUCCAAAUUAAUUGGACAAGUAAAAAGGGAAUUGGAACGACGAAAAUCCUCGAACUAAGAACCAAUGAAUAAAUAAAUUGAGUUAAAAUCAAAUCCAUACAUAACGAUCGAUAAAGAAUGAAAAAAUAAUUUAAAAAAUGUUCAGAUUUAAUAAAAUACUGAAAUAUUUGAAAAUUCAUAAUUUUUUAAAUAUUUAAACAGAAAAAAAGGUUUUUUCCCAUGUUUUUACUCGCCCAUUCGAUUUCUCAUUGGAGGGGCCUGCAAUCUCUCGAGAUGAGCGAACCCACGGCCCGCUGGAACGUGCCCUUAACCGAUGGAAAUCACGUCGUCGAAUUCGAGCACGGGACCGCGACCGGGAAAAGGGUCGUGAAAAUCGAUGGAAAAACGCUCGUGCACCGAGAGUGGAUGUUCCGACUCGUGGGCGACGAAAUCGUCAUGUUCGGGGACACCAAAUUCGUCAUCAGGAUCGAUCCCAUCGCCGUUGAACAUUUGCAUGUCUUCGCAGGACUCAGAUACUCGUACACGCUCUGGGUCAAUGGGAAAAGCUUCAAAAACUUUGUCCAGUCUCAGUCCAAGGUGCUCGACACUUGGAUGACCAAAUUUGGCGACGAGGAGUUCAGAAUCGUUUUGGACAAAACUACUCAAGCUGUCUGGAUAAACGGCGAACAGAUCGACGUGGAAAACGAAUUCGUGGACGGUGGGGCUGAAAUGCUGUUCAUGAUCGCUGGCAAACCAGCGGUCAUACGAUCCUGCAGCUCCGAACAGAAGGGGGAAGGGAUCAAAUAUUUUUUGUACAUCGACGAGGUCGAAAUAACCGAGAAGGGCUUGCUCUGAGCAGAGACCCAAAAAAAACCUCGAAAAGGGCUUUUGCACUCAACUUCGUAGGCUCGAUUCAAUAAAGUAUUCGUCAGUGCCCAAAAACUGAAUUUCUGUACCAAAUUGUGAAUAAAAAGGAAAAUCAGAAUUUGAUAAUCUGGAAAAAUAA